CUUUUUACUAUGAAACCGAUAUUUUAGGUAGCAUUGGAGUAAUUUUGUGAUAUCGAUAUGCAUCGUCUCCCGGACGAGGUUGUACUCCAUAUCUUCACAUUCCUCAAUUAUCUCGACCUCGUCAACGUUCAAUUGACCUCUCGUCGCUUUCUCAAAGUCGGCCGCGAUAAUGAAAUCUGGAAGCAGAUCUGCUUCGAGCGCACUCGCGCAGGGCUCCAUCAACAACGCAUGCGACUGCAGGACUCACAAAACCACCAAACGCUGCAGAUCGUUCACGCAAUGGAAGCGAUAGCGGCACAAGAAACGGGCAAUCAGGCCAGUAUCGAGCCAAGCUCAGAGAGAACAACAUAUCAAGUAACCGCACAAAGGCGAACCAAUAUGAUGGCCAGUUGGGAUCCGUCAUAUCCAAACGAAGAUAGCAACUUCUAUCAAGAAUUCAUCCAUCGGCAUGCACCUGUGCAACUCAGCUGGUUGCAAGGUGUCUAUCGUGGAAAGAAUGACAACAUGGUCCAGCAUGAAGCUACAGGAAUGGGGAUCCUUUAUGACGACUCAGAAUGCAUGGCAGACAAGCUCAUCGCUCCGAUGGAUGAUGGGAGUAUAUGUAUAUGGGACGUCUCUUUUGUCCAGGAUGCUCGCUCAGAGCCUAAUCAGGGCCGUAUAAUUGAGAAGACUUCUGUUGGACUGCUUGCUGGACUAGAUCUAAGGUCGGAUCGCAACACCCGGAUAACGCAGAGCAAGACCGCCAUGACCGAGACGGGGGCAGUAGAGGUGGUCAGCAUAGAUAACAAGCAGAAGAAAGGAUAUUUUGGUGUCACGAAUAUGCUAAACGAGGUUGAUCUACAUACCAUGCAAGUCGUCUCGAGGAGUCCAUAUCCAUUUGCAAUCACAGCCCUGUCAGAGGCGAGACACCCAGUUCCAUUGACCAUCGGUACAAAUGGUACUGUGCAUCUUCAUGAUCCAAGACAACCUAUAGCAUUCACCAACGAGUCUGAAAAUACACGGCUGGAGCUUAUAGGAGGCACACCACCGAAGAAAAGCUCUUUCUUACCUCUAAUGUAUGGCGGAGGGCCCUCAGGGGCAUAUGUCUCACUAUCGCAGCCUGGUGCUCUCUCUAUACUACACAUACCAGAGGGGCAACCUUGGGAUGGUAAUGGUGACAUUUGGGUCGCUGGUCGAUUCACAAGCCUACUUAAUUACGAUCGACGUCUCUUCCCCAAAAUCCAUGGUACUGUUCACUCAGGCGCCCGGCUCUCUAGUCUCGCUCUCCUCCCAUUUCCCUACGUACCUCAUGACUUCCGCAAUCUGCUUCGCCCGCCCAAUCUUUCCGGCAUUAGAGAAGCCAAAGCCAGAUCAGGUAACACUAUCCUCGCUGCGGGAGAAUACAAAGGCAAGGGUUCGCUUGAACUCUAUGGCCUCUCCUCCGAGCCCAAGCGCGGCAUACUAGUAUCAGACGCGCGCACGACGUCAAAUCCUGAUACGUCUUACCGCAACCGCUACUCCGCAUCACGCUCCAAGCUGCUUUCCGCUGUAUCGCAUGGCUGCCGUAUCGUAUUCUCAGAUGGGGACGGCUGGCUAAAGUGGGUUGAGCGCGAUGGUUCGACGCCAGUGCGACAAUUCAAUAUCAAUGACGCAAUCCGAACACAUCGCGCAGCUAGAGAUCUGGAUUCCUUAGUGAAUGACCACAGAAGCGCACAAGUCCAAGAGCCUGCCAUGGAUGCAGCAGAAGGGGACAUCGUCCAAAAAAUCAUUCCUAUGGUCGCUUCGGAGGCGACGGGAAAUGAUGUGCCCCUCGGACAAGAUAACCUGCUGGUCUGGACCGGUGAUGGAAUGCUCGGCAUGGUGGGCUUUGGGACUCAGGCUACUUUCUUGGCGGAUGAGCUUGACGAGCAAGCACAGGAUGCAUUGGAGCAUGAGCAAAUGAAGAGGGAGAGAGAAUAUGACAGGGAAAUGAGAAGGGCGCUAGAGAGACAGGCGGCAGAGUUGAGAUGGGUGAGAGGGUACGGGCUGGAAGUGUAAAGAUUAUUACGUCACGAGGAGAGGACUUGAGGGCUCACUCCGUAAGGAUGUACACAUUGCAAGCUCCCGGUUCACAAGGCCGUCUUCAAGAGCAUCACAUUCCUUUUGGCUGCCAUGCUUAUGUUGUUUUCUGCCAAAUUACUACCAAGCUGGUUUUCUCAGACAUGCUAGCCACCGUUAAUGAUAUUGGAACAGUCUUUCGUGCAACGUAUUUACGACUUGACGCACCUACAAUAUAUCCAGCACCUCGUCUCAUUGGGCCUAGUGUGGUUGUCUG